AUGGAACUGAUAAUUCUGCUGCUGGCUUACAUCGUGGGAAUUUGCUCCGGUUUGCGAGAAGUGCGGAUCCAGAUACCGACGGCCGUGAAGAAAGGUGACUCGGCGAUACUGAACUGCUGGUAUGACACCGAGGGGGAUCCUUUAUACGCCGUCAAGUGGUACAAAGGGGGUCGAGAGUUUUAUCGCUACGCCCCGAACGAGACCCCGGUCGUCAAGACUUUCCCCAUCGGGAACUUGACGGUGAAGAAAAUCGACAGCAACGCGACUCAGGUGACCCUGACGAACCUGGAACUGGACGCCGCCGGGGAGUACAGGUGCGAGGUGUCGGCCGACGCGCCUUCAUUCCACACGGCCGUAGUUGUCGCCACCAUGAACGUCGUCGAAUUACCCUCUGAAGGGCCAGCGAUACACGGGUUAAGGAGGAAAUACCAGAUUGGCGAUAUGCUACGUUUGAACUGCACAUCCGGACGGAGCAAACCCGCGGCCAAUCUCACCUGGUACAUCAACGAUCGACAACCGUUGGAGUCACACGUCCGACCGUACAGCCCCCUCGACACCAACGAGUCCGAGUGGCAGGUCUCCCAGAUCGGCCUUCAGUUUCUCGUUACUCAUGAGGACUUCACCGCCUUCGGCAAGCUGAAGAUACGGUGCAGCGCCUCGAUAUACGACAUAUACUGGCAGAGCACCGAGGUCAGCAGCGAGGAGGACAGGCCAAGGGUGAUACACUACGAGCCCGCGGCGACGAUCGUCGGGAUCAACUAUCUCCAACCGCCGCCGAACUUCCAGACGGGACAGAAGAAGCCCGACGGACACGUCGGAGUGAAAGUUCUCGGCUCGUCCCCGGCGGAAGCGGCGGGUUUACCGUCCCUGCGGCUGGUGCUCGGUCUGUUACUUCUGAUUGUCAUUCGUUAA